AUGCCUUAUCCUGACACUCUGAAUCCUAAGGGGUUGCACUGUUAUGCUGCUACUAUGGAUGAAGAAUCAGCUACAGAUUUUGAACUGCUACUUUCUCCUACACUCUUGGACCACCGUUCAGGCGCCAUUGGGAUGGACGCUGAGCAGAAGACAGUGUUUGCAUUCGUCAUUCUCCUGCUGGUUUUCCUGGUCAUUCUCAUGGUCCGCUGCUUUCGAAUACUUCUGGACCCUUAUAGCAGGAUGCCUGCCUCCUCAUGGACAGACCAUAAAGAGGGUCUAGAAAGGGGCCAGUUUGAUUAUGCCUUAGUGUGAAAUAUAACAUUAAUACCUAAUGCUUUCUGUCUCUUAAAUGGUGGUUGUAGUAAAGACACCA